ACGCGUAGUAAAACAUCUCAGCUGCCACUUUUCAUUGCAUGCGGAGUGUUUUGGUUUCUAAAUCUCUCAUUUUCUCGUGAAUUUCCAUCGUUUUACCACCUGUUUCGCUCGCAAUGGCUCUGAGACUCGCGAAGCUGACCCAGAACAUCGUGGCACCGGCGCUCAGCAGGGGCUACUCCGUGGCCGCCUCGGCUGAGAUCCAGCACAAGAGUCCCCUGCAGAAGAAGAUUACGAAGAUCCCCAACGCUCAGUACGGCGGAAGACACGCCGUGACGAUGCUUCCGGGCGGCGGAAUUGGUCCUGAACUGAUGAACUACGUUCGCGAUAUCUUCAGCUACGCUGGCGUUCCGGUGGACUUCGAGGUGAUCGAAAUUGACGGUACGGAGGAGGGCAAUGACGAUCUGGACUACGCUAUCACGUCGAUCAAGCGCAACGGCGUGGCGAUUAAGGGAAAUAUUGAGACGAAGAGUGAGGAUGCGAGCGUGAUCUCGCGAAAUGUGGCGCUGCGCAAUGAAUUGGAUCUGUUUGUGAAUGUGAUGAAUUGCCGCACAUAUCCUGGCGUGCACGCACGCCAUCCGAAGCCCAUUGACAUUGACAUCGUGCGCCAGAACACGGAGGGUGAGUACGCGAUGCUGGAGCACGAGAGCGUGCCCGGCGUGGUGGAGAGCAUGAAAGUGGUGACGCGUGAGAACUCUGAGCGCGUGGCGCGAUAUGCCUUUGAGCACGCACGCGCGCACGGCCGCAAGAAGGUCACGACGAUUCACAAGGCCAACAUCAUGAAGCUCUCCGAUGGGCUGUUUCUGGAGGUGUCACGCGAAGUGUCGAAGGAAUAUCCGGAGAUUGAGCACAAUGACAUGAUCAUUGACAAUUGUUGCAUGCAACUCGUGUCGAAUCCCUAUCAAUUCGACGUGAUGAACAUGACAAAUCUCUACGGCACGAUCGUCACGAAUGUGAUUUGCGGCCUGAUCGGCGGCGCUGGCUUGCUCUCGGGCAAAAACUACGGCGAUCACUAUGCGAUCUUCGAGCCCGGCACCCGAAACACUGGAACUGCCAUUGCAGGGAAGAAUAUCGCGAAUCCCGUGGCGAUGCUGAACGCCUCCGUGGACAUGCUGCAUCACUUGGGCCACAAGCAUCACGCCUCGAUCAUCUCCGAAGCCAUCUACAAGACGGUUGUGGAGGACAAUCUGCGCACAAAAGACAUUGGCGGAACGAGCAGCAGCAGCGAGAUUGUCGACAACAUCAUCAAGCAUCUCUCGACGAAGGUGACCCACUGGCCCGUUGGAGUUGAUUAUACUAAUUAGGCACGCAAAAAAAGCCAAAAAAAGAAAUGAAACUUAAGAAACAAUCCCCAGAUAAGAAAAAAAGAAUAUUUAUUGUUAAUCAAAAGAAAGAAAAGAAAAAAAAACAAAAAAUAACACUCUGAGAUGCAUUAAAAAAGAAAUUCAAGAAACCCACCCAUAAAACGGUUAAUUGAAUUAAGAGAGAAAAAAAGAAAUGCUUAUUGAAAAAAAAAAGAUCAAGAUGAUGUGAAAAAGAUCAAUUUCACCGUGAAAAUUAUCACAAACCGAUAAUGGGAUGCGUUAAAGUAUUAAAUAAGGAGAGUAUAAAUUAUAUUUGCAAUUCGAAUCUUGUU